GCGCGCGCAUGGAGCUGCGAGCGUUCCGUCGGCUCUGGCUGUUUUGCUGGUGCGUCUGCUGGUGCCGCGGUGCAGGCCGCGGAGCUGGUCCCGGUGCCACUUCCAUCGCCACUGGACCGCGGAGCCGCGAGCGACAAGCAGCCGCCUUCCGGGAAAGUCUUAAUAGACAUCGAUACUUGAAUUCUUUAUUUCCUAGGGAAAAUUCCACUGCCGUCUAUGGAAUAAAUCAGUUUUCAUAUUUGUUUCCUGAAGAGUUUAAAGCUAUUUAUUUAAGAAGCAACACUUCCAGAUUCCCCCGAUACUCAGCGGAACUGCCAGGGCCCUUCUCCGAGGGGUCUUUGCCAGUAAGAUUUGACUGGAGGGACAAGCAGGUUGUCACACAAGUGAGGAACCAGCAGAUGUGUGGAGGAUGCUGGGCCUUCAGUGUGGUCGGUGCAGUGGAAUCAGCAUAUGCAAUAAAAGGGGAGCCUUUGGAAGACCUGAGUGCACAGCAAGUCAUUGAUUGUUCGUAUAAUAAUUAUGGCUGCAACGGAGGGUCCACUCUCAGUGCUUUGACCUGGCUAAAUAAGACGCAAGUAAAACUGGUGAGAGAUUCGGAAUACCCAUUUAAAGCACAGACUGGCCUGUGCCGUUACUUUUCUGAUUCACAUUCUGGAUUUUCAAUCAAAGGUUAUUCUGCACAUGACUUCAGUGACCAAGAAGAUGAAAUGGCAAAAGUACUUCUUACCUUUGGUCCUUUGGUAGGGAUAGUAGAUGCUGUGAGCUGGCAGGAUUACCUGGGAGGGAUAAUACAGCAUCAUUGCUCUAGUGGAGAAGCAAAUCAUGCAGUUAUCAUAACUGGAUUUGAUAAAACAGGAAGUACUCCAUAUUGGAUUGUGAGGAACUCAUGGGGAAGUUCGUGGGGAGUGGAUGGCUAUGCCCAUGUCAAAAUGGGACGUAAUAUUUGUGGUAUCGCAGAUUUUGUUUCUGCCGUAUUUGUAUGAUUAAUUGGUUGGAUCAACACACAGCUACACAGAUGAAGGCUCCUAAUGAAAUGUACUUCGUUCUCAGCAUUAUUCACCUUUAGGUUUUAGCGACCACCCACAAAAGGUCCUCGCCGAGUAGUACCUAAGCUAAGUUGUGGCACGUUCUCUCCUCGUAGAGAUGAGCAGCAUGGUCAGUAGGAAGAACACCAGCACCUGGGCUUGGGAAGUAGUCUCCUGCUCCGGAGUGAAAGAU